AUGGAUAAGUUGUUGCUGUGUCUCCUGGUCAUCGUUAACCUCACUGGUGCUUUUUUCCAAGGAGAUACAUACAGAAAGGCCUUUGUGUUCCCCAGAGAAUCAGAUACAUCCUUUGUGACCCUGUUUGCUCCGGUGCAGAAGCCGCUGAAAGCUUUCACCAUGUGCCUACAAGCCUACACCGCCUUGUCCUGCCCUUAGAGCCUCUUCUCUUAUGCCACCAGGGCGCAGUACAAUGAGAUCCUUCUCUUCAGGGAAAAGCUUGGCUUAUACAGCGUAUCUGUGGGUGGAUCUGACAUCUACUUCAGUUCUGAGACCUUUUACAAACCAAAGCACUUCUGUGUUACCUGGGAGUCCAGCACGGGGAUUACAGAGCUCUGGGUGGAUGGGAAGCCCAUGGUGAGGAUGAGUACGGAGAAGGGGUACACUGUGGGGGCAGGAGCAAGCAUCAUCCUAGGGCAGGAGCAAGAUUCAUUCGGUGGGGGUUUUGAUAGCAACCAGUCCUUGGUGGGAGACAUUGGAGACGUGAACAUGCGGGACUACGUGCUGUUGCCAGAUGGUAUCAGCACCGUCCACGCUGGUGGGGUCUUCAGCCCUAACUUCCUGAACUGGCAGAACCUGAAGUAUGAAAAAUGAGGUGAAGUGUUCCUCAAGAACCAGCUGUGGUCCUGA